AGGCUUGGUUCUUUAAUUCUUUUUGGUGAAUGGUGAUCCCUCCGGAGUCCCCCAGCUAGCUGCAUCAGAUGCCUUUCUUCUUGUCUUCCCACCCUGACGAUGGAUCACCGCAUUGAUGCACGCUUGUUGAUUUGUCUCGCUUUACCCGCCGCUUCACAAAUUGCUAGUUGCUGAACGUCAGUAUAAAUAAAUGAGUGUGCAUCAGAACUUUUAACUGCUCGUGUUCACCCAAUUCAUUAAUUCCUUUGGUAGUGAGUAGUGUCAAGCAUGCAAGGCAGGCUGACACUCGAAUAGUACUCCCGACCAGAAUACGCAGUGCUUACUAUACUGCUCCUUCCUUCCUUCCUUCCUAGCAUCCUACUCCUACCGCCCCGCCUGAUUCAUUUUUAUUUCAGGUAAAGACCAAAAUGUCUACCCAACAGCAGCCUCGGCCAUGGUUCCGUUUGGCUAACAUAAUGCGCCCAGCACCUCCACCUGCACCUGCACCUGCACCACCACCGCCUCUUGCACGUCCCCCUGCUCCAACACCUUCACUGCAAGCCCCACCUCCUAUUGCACCCUUCAGGCCCCCUGUAGCUCUGCCUCGGCCUCUGCCACCUGCUCCACCGAAUUUGCCUGUUGCUUCACCCCCUUCUGUAACCCCUACAACCCCAAGCUCCCCUCAGAUCUCCACUACUAGAGCACCUCCACCAUCGCCACGACCACCGCCAACACCUCCGGCUCCAAGCCCCUCCCCCACGCCUCCAAAAUCCCCUACCCCCUCCAUAACUAGGUCGCCUGUUGCACCCCCUCCUAAACCUGGGUCUUCGUCGCCACCAGCAUCUCCAAUAAUCAAAACUGCAUCAGCGGAAACGUCUUCGGCUGCACGUCCAGUUGUAUCCUCUCCAUCUUUAUCAGCAUCCCCAAAAACUAAACCCCCAUCACCGCCCUCUUCAACAAUAGCAUUGCCAGCCUCUCCUGCUCCAAAAACAUUGCUCUAUUCAGGCCCUCCCACUGCAGCACCAGCACCAGCACCAGUCCCUCCACCACCUUCUCCAGUUGCAGCCACCGCCGCAAGACCUCGUGCUGCACCCAGCCCGAGGGUGAAAAGCAGUACACCUCCUCCUAAUCACGCUCAAUCCACCAUUGUGAAACCUUCAGCUCAUCCUCCAUCUCCAUUAACACUGCCUCCGCCGCAACUCAGGGCUGACGCAACCAGUCAUGAUUAUGAUCUGGAACCAAUACCCCCAGAAGCUGUGCAGAAAACAGUGCUAACGCAAGAUGAUACCAGUCAUGAAAAGGCGCCAAAGAUCGAUCCCACGAAGUCGUCGUCCUCCCCCUCCUCCGGGGGGAAAGAGAGACAAGUUAAGAAAGACAAAGGAGCAAUGACGACUUACAAGGACAAAAAGAAUCAUAAUAAUAAAUCAGCUGUUUCUUCACCAGAGCUUGGUAUGAGAGUCGUAACACUUGCAGGUGACAACAAAGGAGCUGUUAUGGAAUUGAGCCCAGGAGCUUCCCGCAAGAAGUACGAUUCUGGGCAACAUUUCUGGGGUAAAAAUGGCCAGAAAUUGGGAAGCCAUGAGAAGGAGGAGGAGGACGGCAGGCAUUCUGAUGACGGUGGGAUAAAGAAUGGAAGAGGCGAAAUGGGAAGGAGCAAAUUAGUGGCAGCUCCACAGCCCCCAGUGGACGCCUUUGUGAACAGUAACGUCCAGGGAGUCAACAAUUCCAUUGUCUACAACUGCACCUACGGCAACCGUGAUCCUGGAGUCCAUCUCUCGGUAUCUAGGAAGGGCAAUGGCCACCACCACCAGCAGGACGCCGGCCAUUAUAAUGUUCAUCGUGACUAGUCUAGGCACAGUGCCUGAAUGAUCAAGGGAGCAUAGGAAGUUAUGCGUAUUUAUAUUUGGUUGCAUGAUUCGUGGUAUUUUAUUUAAAUCUUAAAGCGGCUGGGGCCUGGCUCGCUAAUAAUUGUUGCACUUUUCUGCAACCUCUUCCGGUCUGUCAUAAUGUUGUACUUGAAAACUUUGAGCGUGCAUCUUCUUGAUUCCAUUAUCAACGAAUAAUUUCAUCUCCCCGUUUUACUUGCUUCU